GAAAGAUGGCGGAAGGAGGAGCGGCUGAUCUGGAUACCCAGAGAGGAGAGGUCGCGGCACUGCUGAAAACACAACUAAGAAAGGGAGACACUUGGUACCUGGUGGACAGUCACUGGUUCAAACAGUGGAAGAAAUAUGUGGGAUUUGACAGUUGGGACAAAUACCAGAUGGGUGACCAGAAUGUCUACCCAGGACCAGUUGACAACUCUGGUCUUCUCAGAGAUGGGGAUGUGCUUGCCAUCAAGGAACACCUCAUCGAUGAGCUUGACUACAUCUUAGUCCCAACAGAGGGCUGGAAUAAGCUUGUCAGCUGGUAUGGAUUGACAGAGGGUCAGGAGCCAAUUGCACGCAAGGUGGUGGAACAGGGUAUGUUUGUGAAGCACUGCAAGGUGGAGGUGUACUUGACGGAGCUGAAGCUCUGUGAAGACAGCAACAUGGACAAUGUGAUCACCAGGCGCUUCAGUAAAGCUGAUACAAUAGACAUGAUAGAGAAGGAGAUGAGGAAGCUGUUCAGCAUCCCCGAUGAGAAGGAGACCAGACUGUGGAAUAGGUACAUGAGCAAUACCUUUGAGCCUCUCAACAAACCUGACAGCACCAUUCAGGAUGCCGGCCUCUACCAAGGACAGGUUCUCGUAAUAGAGCAGAAGAACGAGGAUGGCACAUGGCCCCGAGGCUCCACGGCACCCAAGUCAUCUGGUGCUUCCAAUCUCUCUGCUUUGCCAAAGAUCUCGCCUUCAUCUCUCACAAACAAUCAUAACAGCAGCUUCAACAGCAGGAAUGUGAAGAAUUCGAGCUAUAGUUUGCCGUCCUACCACCCCUACAGCAACAGCUAUGACUACUCAGACCAGAGCAGGCAGAGUGAGCGCUCAGGCCUCUGUGGACUCUCCAACCUAGGCAACACCUGCUUCAUGAACUCUGCAGUGCAGUGUUUAAGCAAUAUCCCUCCACUGACGGAGUACUUCCUCAAAGACAAGUACACGGACGAGCUGAACGAGGACAACCCGCUGGGCAUGAAGGGGGAGAUCGCCAGAGCCUACGCCGAGCUUAUCAAACAGCUGUGGUCGGGCAAAUACAGCUAUGUCACCCCAAGGCCUUUCAAGACCCAGGUGGGCCGCUUCGCCCCACAGUUCUCGGGCUACCAGCAACAGGACUCUCACGAGCUGCUGGCCUUUCUCCUGGACGGCCUUCACGAGGACUUGAACCGCAUCAGAAAGAAGCCCUACAUCCAACUUAAGGACGCUAACGGCAGGCCUGAUAAGGUGGUGGCAGAGGAGGCGUGGGAGAACCACAUCAAGAGAAACGACUCCAUCAUUGUGGACAUCUUCCACGGCCUGUUCAAGUCCACCCUGGUGUGUCCCGUGUGCUCCAAGGUCUCUGUGACCUUUGAUCCUUUCUGCUACUUGACUCUGCCCCUGCCCAUGAAGAAGGAGCGCACACUGGAGGUCUACCUGGUCCGGCUGGACCCUCUGGCCAAACCCACACAGUACAAGCUGACCGUGCCAAAAGUGGGCUACAUCUCUGACCUGUGUACCUCCCUCUCCAACCUGUCUGGGGUGCCUGCUGAGAAGAUGAUUGUAACCGACAUCUACAACCACCGUUUCCAUCGGAUUUUCGCCACCAACGAGAACCUCAGCAGCAUCAUGGAGAGAGAUGAUAUCUAUGUAUUUGAGCUGGCGGUGAACAGGGUGGAGGACACAGACCAUGUAGUGAUCCCAGUGCACCUGAGGGAGAAGUACAAACAGUCGGGCUACAACCACACCAGCACGCCACUCUUCGGACAGCCCUUCCUCAUCGCCGUCCCCAGAACCCUCAGUGAAGAUAAGCUGUACAACAUGCUGCUCCUGCGUCUCUGCCGGUUUGUUAGAUCUUCAGUAGAGGAGGAUGAGGAGGAUUGUGAAGAAACGCAGCCAUCCAAACAACACACUGUCAAUGGUAACGCCACUAAUGGACUGCUGGAGGAGGGGUCGCCGAGUGAGAUGGAGACCGACGAGCAGGACGACGAGUCCAGUCAGGAUCAGGAGCUGCCCUCCGAGAACGACAACAGCCAGUCCGAGGACUCCGUGGGCGGGGAUAACGAGCUGGAGAACGGCGUGGUCGGUCCGCAGAACUCCACCAAAGGCCAGCAGACGGCCGGGCACAACAGAAAGAGACUUUUUACAUUCCAGUUCAAUAACAUGGGGAAAACGGACUUCUCCCUCAUCAAAGAGGACACCAGGCAGAUCCGCUUCGACGAGGGACACCUCCGACUCAGUGACCGCUCUUAUCUCUCCUUGGACUGGGAACCAGAGACCAAGAAGAAGUACUUUGAUGAGACCGUCGUUGAGGACUUUGACAAGCAUGAGAGCAUGGAGUACAAGCCUCAGAAGAAGGCUUUCUUCAAGCUGAAGGACUGCAUCGAGCUGUUCACCACGAAGGAGAAACUGGGAGCAGAAGACCCAUGGUACUGUCCAAACUGUAAGCAGCACCAACAGGCCACUAAGAAGCUGGACCUGUGGUCUCUGCCGCCGGUCCUGGUGGUCCACCUGAAGCGCUUCUCCUACAGUCGUUAUAUGAGAGAUAAACUGGACUCCCUUGUUGACUUUCCACUCAGAGACCUGGACAUGUCCGAGUUCCUGAUCAACCCCAAUGCUGGGCCCUGUCGCUAUGACCUCAUCGCUGUGUCCAACCACUACGGCGGGAUGGGUGGAGGCCACUAUACCGCUUACGCCAAGAACAAAGACGAUGGAAAGUGGUACAACUUUGAUGACAGCAGCGUGUCUCCUGCCAACGAAGAUCAAAUAGUGUCCAAAGCAGGCUACGUGCUGUUCUACCAGCGCCAGGACACGGUGAAGGGCACCGGCUACUUCGCUCUCGACCGCGAGGAGGAGGAGGAGGAGGACGAGGAGGAGGAGGAGGAGGAAGGAGAGGACGAGGAGGAGAACGAAGGCGAGGGGAGGCCGGAGAGAAAGGCCGCCUCCUCUACUCAGGGUGCCUCGUCUGCCGCCGCCGCCGCCGCCUCCGCUCAGAGCGACGAGGAGGACCCGAACGAGAACAGGCGCAGGAAGAACGACAACGAGCAGGAAGAUGAGGAGGAGGAGGAGGAAGAAGAAGAGGAGGAAGAGGAGGAGGAGCAGGCGCCCAAUCGAGACGUCACCAUGAAAACCAACUGAGUCACACGAGGACAGGAAUAAAUGGAGAGAGAGAGAGAGAGAGACUAGGAUCUUUCCAUCCAAAGCCAUAUGGACACACAGCAUGGCAGCGGGCGCCACCCGUCCCACCCAGCGGCUCGGACUCGGCCGCUCGGCAGGCGGAGCCUCUGCGGGGAUGACGUCGGCUGUUAGGUCAGAGAGCUGCCAGGGUACGCAACUCUAAGAAAUCAGGGCCCUCCUCUGUGGUUGGAUCACUGUGUGUGUGUGUGUGUGUGUGUGUGUGUGUGUCUCUGUGCGAGUGUGUGUGUGAGAGUGUCGCCACGUCCAUUCGUUUAGGAUCUGCUCACCUGCUCUCUGAAGAGACUCACUGAACGACAUCGGGGAUUGAUUUCGAGGCUUCACAGCGCUGUGGCGCCUCCUGCUUUUUGUGUUCCUUUGUUGUUUUUAUAUCUAUUUUCGAGAGCAUCGUCGGCAUAUCAUUUUAUUAUCAUUUAGACCUUGUAAAUAUUUUAAACACUGAAUUAUAUCGGGUUUUCAUGAUGCGCUGAAACAUUUUGAACUUGCACAAUCACCAACC